UCCGAGUCAAUAUCUGGAGUUACAAGGAUGGAAGGGAACAGAUGGAAGGGAAGGGGGUCCUGGGGAGCCAGCGGGACAGAGAUCCGGGGCUCUGGGCACCCAGUUAGGUACAGUCACACAGGACGGAUCAGGGGCUCAUCUGAAGUCACAGGGUCAGGGGGUCACAAAGUCAAGGCCUGGAGACUGAGGGUUCUGGGGUUCUAGGAAUGCGGGCCAGGACCGGGGAGUUCUGGGACUGGAGGACUUAGGGCCAGGAUGAAGAAUUCAGGGGUCUCCAGGCAAAAGGCUUCAGGGCACCAAGAGCUGGCACCGGAGAUACGAAGAGUUGGGGGCGCAGGGAUGGGGGCCCCCAAGGAUCAGGAGAUGAUAAAGAAGGCCAAACAUCAUUCUCUCCAUCCCUGAUCUCAAGGAAGGGGCAUCUGCUACCUCCUUACCAUCCCCGAGUGACCCCCAAAGCUGCAGAGAGCCCAUGCCUAGUGCCUCCAGAUUUUGGCCCCGUUCCUGCACCUUCCACCCCGUCGGAGUACAGCACUUAGAGAGCCUCAGCUUGUGCAUCAGGAGGCCUGCCACUGCCUCCUCCCCUUUCCCCAUUCCCUGGAUGAGAACCCAGGCCUCAGUUUUCCCCAUCUAUAUGGGGGGUGGAUAUGUCUUUGCUGCCAUAUUUGGCUUCUGACGCCAUUCCUCUCUCCUUCUGACCCCCUUUCUCCCCAACUCUCUACACAGUCACCCCACACCCUACACCCAUGCUUACCUCCCUCAGCUACAAGUUCACCCAGCACACAGGCCCUGGGGUCCCCUGCUGGGUGAUGAUGGGGUUCAGUCCCGUCCUUAAGGGACUCUGCCUAGUAAGAGAUGGAGGUCAGAGGCAUGAAGAGCUAAGUGACAAUGACCGUGACCAGGGCUCACGGGGAAUGGUGAAGGCGGAGGAAGUUGCCAGAGCCCAGAAGAUGGAUGUACAAGGCCAGGUUGUCUUGGGCCUCUCAGCCCCAGUAUGAGAUGCAAAAGGGACCUGGACCUCUACUGCCCCUGUACCCGACCCCGACCAUGGGCUCCCUCUUUCCUCUCCUGAACGUGCCUACACCCCUGUACCCCAUGAUGUGCUCCAUGGAACAUCCCCUAUCGGCUGACAUCGCCGUGGCCACCCGUGCAGAUGAGGAUGGAGACACGCCACUCCACAUUGCCGUGGUGCAGGGCAAUCUGCCUGCCGUGCAUCGGCUUGUCAACCUCUUCCAGCAUGGCGGCCGGGAGCUGGAUAUCUACAACAACCUACGACAGACACCGCUACACCUGGCUGUGAUCACCACACUGCCAUCUGUGGUCCGGCUCCUCGUGAUGGCCGGUGCCAGCCCCAUGGCACUGGACCGUCAUGGCCAGACAGCAGCCCACCUGGCGUGUGAGCACCGCAGCCCGACCUGCCUCCGGGCCCUGCUGGACAGCGCAGCCCCGGGCACCGUGGACCUAGAGGCCCGCAAUUACGACGGGCUCACCGCCUUACACGUGGCCGUGAACAUGGAGUGCCCCGAAGCCGUGCUGCUCUUGCUGGAGCGAGGCGCAGACAUCGAUGCGGUGGACAUUAAAAGCGGCCGCUCCCCACUCAUCCACGCAGUGGAAAACAACAGCCUGAGCAUGGUGCAGCUCCUGCUGCAGGUCCGGCUCCCUCUCGUGCUCCGCUUCCAGCGCUGUCUCGCCCUUCUAGGCCUCCAUUUGUCUAUGACCUCACCCCUCCAGGCUGCCCUCUGGUCCCGGACCUUCUCCCUUUCCUCCCCCGCCCCCACCCGAGCCGGGCCCGGUGCAGCGGCGGCCUUGCUCACCCCGCUGGCCGGUUUUGACCCUUUCCCCGUGCGGUCCUUCCGCCCCGCCUGGAUUCUGGACCCUUCGUUUCUCGGACUCCGCCCCUACUCCGGCCGGGCGGCCGAGUCCUGCUCCGGCUGGUUCAGCCCGUCCGCCCAGUCCCGCUCUGACCCGCCCUGGGUUCUGGUUUCCACCCUUCCGUCACCUCACCCAGGAUCUGGUCCCGCCCGGGUCCUGGCCUCGGUCCGGGCGGUGGGGGGGGGGGGGGAGCCCAGCCUCAGUCCCCAGCCCCCCCAGCCUCAGUCCCCAGCCCCGCGCUCGGACCCCAUCCCGGCCCCGCCCCUCCUGUGGCCCCGCCUCACCCGCCGCCCGGGCCGGGGUCCCGCGGGGCCGCGGCGGUCCUGACCCUCGG